AUGCCACCAAAAAAGUCAAUCUACCGCCAAGCGGGAGCGCAGCACUUCCAGCUCGUGCACCGCUCCGUGCGCGAUCCGCUCAUCAACGACCCGGAGGCGAGCAAGCAUGUAUUCCGUCCCAUUGAGCGGGGGAAUGAAAAGACCGGGGUGACGCUCUCGGACCUCGAGGCGAGCGUGGACAGGAGCGCGAUGCGGCCCAACGAGGGCGAGGCGGCCACCUACGGUAUCACGUACGACGACUCGGGGUACGACUACAUGCAGCACCUCCGGCCGGUUGGUUUGGGUGGCGCAGACUCGAUGCUCCUUGAGGCGCCGAAGAAACAGGCAAAGGGCAAGUUCAAGAUGCCAGAGGACGUGCUGGCGUCAAAGGACGAGGUAUCUGUGCACGACGUGUAUGCUGCACAGGAAGCGAUUCCGCGCGAGCUGCAGGGGUUCCAGCCCGACAUGGACCCCCAUCUUCGGCAGGUGCUCGAGGCUCUGUCGGACGACGAGUUUGUCGACGACGAGGAGGAGGAUGGAGAUGUGUUCGGCGAGCUCCUGGGCUCUGGGCAGCUCGACGACGGCGAGGAGGGGGAGGAGUUCGAGUUCGCCGAGUGGGGAGUUGACGAUGACGAGAGGACGGAGAACGGCGACGGAGAGCGCGAGGAGACGUGGGAGGACCGCUUCCGUGCUUUCAAGGCUGCCGGCGGGCAUCCAAAGGUCCCCAGCAACGGAGGCUGGAACGACGACGAUGUCGACUCGGCCGAGCGUUCCGAGAUGGCCGACACCGUUGGCAGCCUCGUCAACGGAAUCGAGGACAUGAUGGUUCGCGGUGGCAAGAAGCGACACGGCAAGCGCGGGCCGUCCGACGCUUCGGGCAUGAGCAUGAGCUCUUCCAACGUCUACCGGAAUGACAACUUGCGCACCCUUGAUGACCGCUUUGACGCCAUCGAGCGCGCGUACGAGAUGGACGACGAUGAGGAGUGGGACGAGGAUGACGAUGUGAGCAUUGCACCAAGCUACAUGAGCAGCAUGUCGCGCGUUUCGUUCCUUCGUGGCGACGAGCCGACCGGCGGCGGUCCCGUGGGCGAAGCCGAGGACAACCGCGAGGACUUUGACGACAUCAUGACCGACUUCCUGGACAACUACGAGGUCGUGGGACGGCGCAUGCGCGAGGCGGUGGGCGGCACCAAGCUGACUGGACCCGAGAAGCUGGCGGUGAUCCGCGCCGCUCUCGAGGACGAGGAGGAGGGUCCCGGUCGGGCGGAGAACCGUCGCCGGAUUCUGGAUCUCGAGCGCCGCAUCGAGACGGGUCAGUACCGCGACAUCAAGGAGUCGAUCGAUCGCCGCGAGGUUGAGCCCGAGGCCAAGUGGGACGUGGAGACGAUUCUGUCGACGUACACGAACACUGAGAACAUUCCUGGUAUGAUCCGCUUGCGCUCAGGAGCGGAGGCCAAGGAACGGGCUAUGCGCCGUGCAGAGGCUGCUGCUGCUGCUGAGGCUGCGCGUAUGAGGGAGGCGGAGGAGGAGGAGGAGGGGUCGGGCUCGGAGACUGAGCGCGAGGCCAAGGUUACGGUCGCCCGGCCGAAGGGAGAGGGCGCGGCCGAGCGCAAGGCACGCAAGGCUGCCGUCAAGGCUGAGCGUGCGGGUCGUCGUGCCGAGAAGAAGGCGCACACCCAGACGUUUGGAGACGAGCGCAAGCGCCAGCUAAACGCGCAGAAGAAGGCGGUUGGUGGAGGCCGGGCCGCGGACAAGACGGUCGGCUCGCGUGGAGUCGUCUCUCUGUCGUAG